AGUAGAGGUUUGUCGGUCGCCCAGUGACUUAAGAAAAACAAUAAGGCAAGGGAGGAAUGAAUACUGGGACGACUAGGAAUGCCGACCAGGAAUAUCGACCGGAAUAUUAAUUAAGGAAUUAACUAAUUAAAGCAAUUAGUGUCAAUAUUAAUUAUGGAUAUUUGAAAGAAACAGAUAUUAUGGUCUAGGCCUACUACGAAGAAAAUGGCGCGAAGAACAGCUUUGGAAUUCUACCGGAAACGACAAACUAUAGAAUCUCUAGCAACAGAGAGACCACAGAGUUUAAAAUCCGUGUAUGACAUCAUCAACAAUGCUGUGGAGCGAUUGGAAGAGAAAGUCGAAAUGCUGAUGACGUCAUAUUAUGGCGCAGACGAAACGUUAGAUGCUCAAAUGAAAAAAUGGCUGCCGAUGUUUUUGUUGCUGUUACGUCAAGGUAGAACUAUGGAGUUGGUGUGCAAAGAACAAGUCAAUGAGUUUGUGAUUAAACACGACAAUUUGUUGGAGAGAUCCCCGUUUGAUCAGGAUCUAUUGGAUUCUGUUGAUGACAUCAUCAACCACAUUUUCUGUACUAUCCGGGAAGGAUUUACACCAAUUACGUCAUCUAUUCAGGAACUAGUUGGAUUUAUGGGAAAAUAUUUAAAAAGUUUCAGUCCAACAGAUGGCGAUCGUUACUUAGAAACAUGUACGAACUAUGAAAAACAGAAAAAUGCUUUAGAAAACGCCAUUUUGUUGAACAUUCAAAACAUCUUUUUAAUGGCUGACAAAUUUGAAAAAGAGUGUUUAACGCGCGACCAUUUUGAUUACGUUUCAAAAGAACGAAUUGAAAAAUAUGGAUGCCUUCAUGUCCCAGUUCUAUUGGUUUUACCUGCAGCUUGUGAUAAUUUAAGAAACGCCUUCGUAGGAAUCCGGAAGUGGCUUGAAGCAGAUGCGAAUUAUGUAGAUUAUCUAGUGAAAGACGUGCAUGAAUUGGAACGAAAGCGCGAAAUUGAGUCACGUGAAUUAAAGGAGCUACAAUUUAGAGUGAGUGGUCAGGAAUAUAAAUUCAAGUGUUUGAAAAAGGAAAUCGAUCAACUGACAAUGGAACUCGACAGAUUGAAAUCGAAGGAGUUGGUUAUUAAUGAAGAAGAGAAAACAAUUUCGAACAAUCACAAAAACCUCAAUGUGGAUUUAGAAAUCAAAUUGUAUCGUCUGUCAGAAAUGAAACAGACGACACCUAGAAAGCCUAACCGCCUCUUUAAAGAACAACUGGAGCGUCUUAACACCGAAAUAACCCUAUUAAAGGAUAAACAACCGAAAUUAGACCGGAGUUUGACUGAUAUACAGAGCAAGAAGUCGUGGAUCUCCGAGAAGCGACAGGAGAAAAACGAGAAAGAAGCUCAGCUCGAGGAAGUAAGAAAUGAGCGACGCAAAGUCAAGAAAUUGGCGAGGAAGAGCGAGGUGGAAAUUCUUCGGAUUGCCGACUGUAUCCACAAAUUGAAAGAUAUCAAAAAUAUGAAAAACAGUGACGAAAUUUUACGGCGGCUUUUUCACAAUCUUCCUAUCUUCUCAAGAAAUCUCCACAACACGAAGAAACGAGGGGAUAAGUUGGAUCGAGCAAUUACAUUGGUAUCAAGAUACAUAGAUAGUGAUUGGAUCAAACUGUACUGGCAACUUCCAUUUUAUCCAAUCAGAGGCGAGGAAACAAAACGACAAGAUAUAGAAGAUAUUGCUCAUAAUUUUAUUCGCCAUGUUACCGAGGAUCAGGCAAAACAAUGUCUGCUAAAAUGGCGACGUCUUCACACUCGUGCGACCCUAGCUUGUCUAAGGGAUGCCCUGAGCGCCAUGAGACGAAAGGAUAUUAUAGAUAUUCUAGAUAAAGAACUAAAGCCUCGUCCACAAUGUUCAGUGAAUCCUAAAUUAUAUCGAACUGUUCAUUUUCCAGAAAUACUCGUGGUCGAUUGUCAUUUGAUUUAGAUUGUUUUAAAUUGUAUUGAAUGCAUUUUAGACAACAAUUUAUAUUGAUACAGUUUCACUGAGGCAAUAAAUGAAAUACACCACUGUGUCAAGCC